GGCGUGUCGUCAGCCAAACAGCUGUUCGGAAUAAGUGUUGAAUAACGCCAUCUUUAAAUUGACAACACUGCGAUAUGGGAUUAAAUAUUAUAUUAUUUCGCCACUAAAUAAUUGUUUCUGCGGCACUAUGAACACGAUACGGAGCUCCACCCCCGUACUGCGGUCCAGGACCAAUGGCAGCACCGUAAGUGCCGCCUGUAACGCACACAAUGCACAGAGAAAUGUCGAGCGCCACCGGACGCAUAGCAAAAUAUUUGGCGGCCGUAACAAUCGCAGCCGAAAUAAUGAGCGAACUAAACUACCGACCAAUAAAAGAUCACUACCAGAAAUCGAAUACGAAGAGGAAAUGUAUGAGAAUGAUCCUUUGGCAGAUGAACAAGACUCAGAGGCUAGGAUUGUGAAGAAUCCGGCUCACCUUAAAUCGCCACCUGGUAAAAAACCUCUCCUUCAACUACUAAUGGACGAGGACCCACUUUUUCCUAUGCAAGCAGUCGAAUCGAGAGAUAACGAGACAUCGCAAAAGUUUUACGUGCGCCUUACAGACGCGCCAAAGGAUGAGUGCAUUAGGCAGAUUAAUAGCAUAAGAUCUACACCAACCAAAAAAACAGAAAAACCUUACCGCCCAAGCGCAUAUUCGACUGCGCGGUCAAGCCAGCGCUUUAUCUGGCGCUCUGAGGCGACAUGUAGGCUGCUGCAAUUGUGGGAGCAGCAUUUGACAGAAUUUCGCGGUAAAAAGAGAAAUACAGUAAUUUAUAAAGAGAUGGAAAACCAAAUGCGUGAUUUUGGCGCACCAAGUCAUGUUGAAAUUAAAGGUAAAAUGGAUAACCUGUCGAGGAAAUAUCGCCAGGAAGCUGAGAAACUUCGAUCGACCGGAGCUCGAUCCAAGUGGGUGCUUUUCCAUACGAUUCAAAAACUCCUGAUUGGUACCAAGUCCGUCAAUGUUUUUGAGGAUAUUAUGUUCGAGAAAAAUGGAUUCUCGAACAAUUUAAGCAAAGAUCUGGCGUCUGGCGAUAAUGAAAUCCAUUCAUGGAUGGAUUCUCCAGCUCCCAGUUACGAAAAUCAUCGACAGGAAGAUAACGAGUUGGACGACGAGGAUACGCUUGGAAAAAAUUAUCUUAUUGAGGAGACAGAAGGUUUUAAUGACGAUCAAUAUGAGAGAGCCACCUCCUCGCCAGAUUUUCAAAGUGAAUUGAACAGGAAAGAAAGUCUUUCAGAUCGAUUGUUAGAAAUCGAGGAGGAAAAACUGUCCAUAGAACGGGAGAAGCUUAAAGUUAUGAAAGCGGCUGUAAAGGAACUGUCCGCAUUCCAUAGAGAUAUAUUGCAGCAUUUGGAGCAAAAAAACAAAAAAUAAAGAGAAAGCCUAUUUCGUUUUCCAGAUUGU